GUUACCAAUGAGAACUACCCGUUCGUCAAGUGGGCGAAAAAAUACGGAGCAAUAAUGUUUGCACUUGAACACCGCUUCUACGGAGAGAGUCGGCCUACCAUUGACCAAUCCGUUGAAAAUCUACGUUAUCUGAGCAGCAGACAAGCACUGGAAGAUUUAUCAGCAUUCGUCAAAGCUAUGAAUGAGGAGCACCAUCUAGAAAAUCCACGCUGGGUAACCUUUGGUGGAUCAUAUCCGGGUAACGUUUGCUUAUCAUCAAGCUGUGAAGUUGAUUGCCAAAAAAGCAUCAUGCACAGUGCUAAAAAACAACAGCAAGCGGGGAUUAUAGACAGCAAAAUUGCGUUGUCAAGUUGUUAG